AUCAUCAGGCUCGUGACGCUCAGUCUGCCGGGCGCUUGGCAAAGGUGUCAGUCGUCGCUCCCGGAAGGGUGAAGUGGGACCAGGCCGGCCUGAGGGGACGAGAUGAAAUGAUGCAUCACAACUUGUAUUUCUCUAAACAUUAAAGACUGAACUGAUGCACAUAAACAAUGAGUGAACCAGAGCUGCUGCUGGACUCCAAUAUCCGACUAUGGGUGGUGCUUCCCAUAGUGUUCAUCACUUUCUUUGUGGGAAUGAUUCGCCACUAUGUGUCCAUCCUGCUGCAAAGUGACAAGAAGCUCACUCAAGAACAAGUGUCUGAUAGCCAAGUUCUAAUCCGAAGCAGAGUUCUCAGAGAAAAUGGCAAGUACAUUCCAAAGCAGUCUUUUCUAACACGGAAAUAUUUCUUCAAUAAUCCUGAGGAUGGAUUUUUUAAGAAAACUAAAAGGAAGGUAGUUCCCCCCUCCCCAAUGACAGAUCCUACCAUGUUGACAGACAUGAUGAAAGGGAAUGUAACUAACGUGCUGCCAAUGAUCUUAAUUGGUGGCUGGAUUAACAUGACCUUCUCAGGUUUUGUUACAACAAAAGUCCCUUUUCCUUUGACACUGCGGUUUAAACCAAUGCUGCAGCAAGGCAUUGAAUUGCUUACUUUGGAUGCAUCCUGGGUAAGCUCUGCUUCCUGGUAUUUUCUGAACGUAUUUGGACUUCGAAGCAUUUAUACCCUCAUUCUUGGCCAAGAUAACGCUGCAGACCAGUCUAGGGUGAUGCAGGAACAGAUAACAGGAGCAGCAAUGGCCAUGCCUGCAGAUACCAAUAAAGCAUUCAAGACUGAAUGGGAGGCUUUGGAGCUGACUGACCAUCAGUGGGCACUAGAGGAUGUGGAAGAAGAACUCAUGGCUAAAGACCUCCGUUUUGAAGGCAUGUUUAAGGAAGAAUUGCAGACAUCCAUGUUCUGAACUGGUUUUAAAUUGGUUAUGUGCAGUGUAUUCUGAUGGUCAGAAUAAACACAAUCAGAACUUCUGUGAGCUGCAGGAGAGUUUUGCUUCUCCUCUGAUGUCUUUGUGUGUUGGAAACUUACUGAGUGAGUCUGGUUGGAACAUAAAUGACUAAACUUGGAACCAUUUACCAAGCUUAUUAAUAAGGCUGCAGUGUGUACCGAAUGUUUUUGGUUUUUUUCUGUAUAAAGUUAAGGUAAGAUUUGGAAGUUGCCUUUUCUUAGAAGAGGCACUAUUUCCUAUCUCCCGCAAAAAGGGGAGUACCUUCUCUGAGUGCAUGCAUCUAGAAACAAAGGGUGCUUUUUUUCUUCACACUAUUUUAUUCAUUUGCAGGUUAAAUCAAUUGGUUAAGCUGUCUUUAAUAGAUGGGCAGUCUAAUUUAUUAAAAUAGCAGUUAUAAUCUCAGCACAAUUGGGUAUGAAAAGCAGAUUAAUUGAGUGGACCAACUACUAAUCUAAAAACAUUCCUAGUCUUAUUAGCUUAACCUUUCUUAAGAUACUGGUACAGGAGUCAGCCCUGAAGUCUUUCAUUGGCGGGGCUCAGCAUUGCUCUUUAAGCAGAAUGCCUUCUCUGCCUUGUAGAACUGCUAAGCCUUGAAUUUAGGUGUGAAGAGUUCCCAGGGACUGAUUCUGGGAAAGUUUUACCCCUGUCCCUCUUACUUCAGAAAAGGAGCCUUGAUUUUUAUCAUAAUAAUUCAGCUGAAAUCAGUGUAAGAUGCCUUUGGGGUUAGAUUUCCUUGACUUUGGAAUUUCAUAAAAAUGUUAGUCAAAUAGGCUAGACAGAAAGGAAAUCCUUUUUUUAUUAAGAAAUUGUUUUUGUCUUUGGAGAACAGGCAUGACAUCUUGUUCUUAUUACUCCCUAAGGAAAGAAGCAGCUAAACUAUCAAAGUGUAUAUAGCUUAAGUUGCUUAUAUACAAGUUGUAUGCGUUGCUUUGUUGAGACAUCCAUAAAAUCAAAAGCAUGCACAUUCUUUCAAUAUAUAAUGCCAAAACUGGGUUGAUUGAAUAAAAAAAUCUUGUUCUUGUGCAUCAAACAAAAGAAGAGCGGCUGUGUCAGUUGUCAAAUAUGUUGACAUGGUGAAAACGACAAACCAGCUACUGAAGCAUUUUUCACUUCAACAGCUGAAUGUCUUGCAGAAUUUGAUGGUUUUGUGUGCAUCAAGGAGGACAAUUUUAAAUUGCCUUGCAAGGAGUAUGAUGCGUAAAGGGGAAGUGUGGUAUAUAAUUAAGGUAUAUAAUAAAGCUGUUAUAUUGAAGUAUAGAACGCUGAGUUCAAUUGAGUUUUUAUAUUUAAUUGUUCUGAUCCCAGUUUAGUUGCAUAUAAUAGCUGGUAUUGUGAGACAUCUUGAACUAGGAGGAAAGGUGGAGUAUAAAUGUUUUGACACAUGAAAUAAAUAACAGUGCAAGAGGGAAGAUUUGCAUUUGUUUCAUAAAAAG